AUGCCCGGUCCGCCCCCCGUGUCGGCCCGGCCUGAUGGCGAGCAUCGCGAGAACAGCCGGUCGCACUCGUCGUCGCGGCAUGUGGCCCAUGCGACGGCGGUCCAGCGCCGCCCAAGCGCGACGCGGCCGGCCUUUUUAUCGACACAAAAUCAGCGCUUGCAAAAGCGACAAGAGCUCCUCGAAAUGAACAGCUUCCAGGGCCCGUCCGAGGACACGACGUCGCUCCGGUACGCGCUCUCCGUCUUUGGUCUGGACCCGCGCUUUCUCAAGGACGCCAAGAACCCAAAUACGACGGCCAAAUUAGGGAUGCCGGGCAUCUUCCAGACGCACCCGACGCACCCCGAGGAGCAGUACCACCACUUUGCGAAGCGGCGGGCGGCGUACGUCGCCCAGACCGCGCGCGGCCUCGGACCGAUGCCAGGCAAUUGGCACAAGCAAUAUGCGUUCUUCAGCGAGCAGAUCCCGCUCUUUGACCGCCUCUCGCACGUCGCGACCUUGCCGCUGACCAAGUCGCCGGCGCCGUCGCCCAACAACUUUAUCGACUUCGUGUACAAGCAAGUGCGGCGGUUCGCCGAGCCGGGCGCGCACCACAUGUGGAUGCUGGACCUCGCGCGCGGCAAGUUUACGCUCGCCGAUAUGGUGCAGACGUACGGCGGCAUCGCCCACGAGUCGUGGCACCCGACGGAGGACGCCAAGUGCCCGAUCCUGGACACGGUCGCCAAGUACAACUGCGGGUUCCCCGAGGCCACGUGGUACAUUCAAGCCAACGUCGUGUACCAGGAGCUGCACAGCCUUCGGCGCGACACGGACCAUCGCAGCGGCGACUGGUUCUUCCACUCGAAACGGUACCAGCGCCGCGCGUACGAGUGGACGGGCCAGCUCCUCCAGUGCCUUGUCGCGAGUGCCCGCCAGAGCUACGACGAGCCGCCGCUUCUCAAUGCCGUCAGCAGCAAGCAGAAGAAGCCGUCGACGCCACCGCUGCCCGUCGCCGCCGCACUCCCGCCCGUGCCAACGAUCUCGGCACUCGAGAAGACCGUGUACCUCCUCCAGCUCUCGUCGUACCAGUUCCAAUUGCAUUUGCUGGACCGGAAUCGGUACCUCCAAGGCCUCCUCGCGCUCUUUCAAAAGUGCUUGGAGCCCAAGGCCGGCGCGUCGACGCCCGAGCUGCCGUUGCCGCUCCCAGUCAUGGUGCAGCUGCUGCAGACACUGCACACGCUUCUGCCCGACAUGCUCGAGCACCCGUUGUGCGUGAAAUUGCUCGUCAAGAUUGUCUUGCAGCAUUUGCAGCUGCUCGUGGGCGACGACGACGGAACCACCUCGAGGAGUCUCUACGCCGAGUCGCUCGUGUGCGGCAUGUGCCAUCUCCUCCGCGACGUCUUGCUGUACGCGACGGACCACCUCAUUCACGUUCGGGACGACGUGCUCCAAGUGUGGCCGGCAUUUGUGCUCACAGAUCGGUUCUUUGACCGGACCAUCUACUCGGACGAAGCCAUCGCGGCGUGCUUGGCGCAGUGCCGCGCCAAGCUCGACGAGGUCACUGCCCGCAUCGCCCGCGUCAAGGAGUUCCAUGCGGUGAUUACCCGCAAGCGCCACAAGGACGCGCUGGGCGACAAGAAGCAGCGCCACGACGUCGAGAUCUUUGAGCUUCUCGACGAGUUUCAUGGCGGCAAAACCAAGCUCGAAGCCGACGACGUGUACGCACAGAUCUUUCAAGACGAGCCUGUGACCGUCGAUGUCCAUGCGAUCCACGCCGUGUGCGAGUGGGCCGUCUCGAUCUACCGACCGCAAGAGUACAAGUUUGUGUCGGUCGUGUACCUUCUCGAGACGCACAACCACGCGCUCUGUGCGCGAGACUUGUCGUCGCGCGAGCACGCGUCGUUCUUGCAAGAGCCGUUGACGAACUUUCUCAAGACGUAUGUGCCGACGCAGAACGCCGAGCUGGCGUCGCUCCUGGACCUCUUUUCGCUCUUGAUUCGUCGCCGGCUCUUCUUUACCGACGCGUUUGUGCUUGCGAUGGACCAGUUUCUUGACCGGACGACCGGUGCGUCGUCGCUUCUGUCGCUCUCGUACUACUUUGAGUAUGGGCCGAACAAGGGCGGGUUCAAGGACAUUGCCGCCGUGCCGCUGCACGACCGGCUGCGGCUGUACCUAUGGCAGUUCCCGCGCGGCCCGGCGCCGUUCGGGGCGCUGCCAUUGCAGCUUCGCGGCGACAUUCAAGGCGAGACCGACACGGACACGCUCAGCUUGUGGAUGGAGCUCGUCGGCGUCGUGCCCGACGAGCUACAGCGGUCGCGCACACUGGAGCGGGCGAUGGGUCUCUGCAUGGCCGUGUUUUCGACGGCGCAGAGCACCGAGUUUGAGGUCAUGACCAAGGUCGUCGAGCUCUACUCGGCCAUCAAGCGGCUCUCGGCGCACGACAAGACGCGGCUGACGCAGUGGCUCCUUGCGCGCGUGUACGCCGUCGACGAUGCGGGCUUUUUCGCGCUCUCGGAGCUCUGCAAUGUCGAGUUUACGCUGCGCCUACUGCUCGUGCUCUUCGAGCUCAUUGACGUGCUGAGCCUCCUCGAGGUCGUCAUCCACUUUGUGCGGCACGCGCCCGUGUACAUGGUGAAAGCCGUGCUCAUGCCGCUUCUGGACCGGCACCAAAUGACGUUUUACGCGUCGCAGGACCUUCUCGCGCUCAUCCAAGCGUACGAGUACCGGUGCCACGCGUUUCGUCGCCACGGCUUUGACCCGGACGACAAGGUGCAGACGAUCGCGAUGUUCAUCGCGCGCAUCUACCAAAGCAACUCGAAGGCGCUGGACAAGGCGCUGAAAGCGCUCGACGCGCGGUCACCGCCCGAAGUGCUCACGAAAGCGUUCUUCGCGAUCCUCAAGGAAGACAAGCUCAAGACGGACCCGAGCAAGGACCUCUCGCUCGAAGGCGUCAACCACAAAUGCGCAUUUCCGAAGGACAAGGACACGAUGGGCCCGGACCUCGCGGCCGUCCUCGCCAAGAUCUUUGCGGGGCUGAGUCCGUCCGACGAGCCGAGCCCGGUGGUCGCCCGCAGCUUCACGCACCUCAUGGGCGCCGUGGACGCGAGCGAGAUGGCGUGCCGGGACAGUGGCGUCGAAGAGGCCGUGAACGCGCUCCUCGCGCACAACCCGUCGACGUCGCAGCAGCGCAUCUUUGUGUUCCGCGCGCUCCUCACCGAAGUCAUGGACAAGUGGCUCGCGCUCUUGCAUGCGACGGCGGCCAAGAAGGCGAGUACGACGUCCAACUCGAUUCGGCAAAUCCACUUUCUCGUGCCCCAGCAUCUGCACCGGUGCGUGCGCGUCUUGCGUGACUUUAUUGACGCGCAAGACGAAGGCGACCGCAAGCUCAUUCGUGACACGCUCCUCGCCUGGCUCCACCGCGAAGUCGUUCUCGGCUUUAACGGUCUUGAAAAGCCGACGCAAAAGGCAAGACCAAGCACCCGUUCCUCUCGCGCGGCGAGUCGAGCGGGAAGGAAGCGUACGCGUGCAACCUCAAGGGCCGGCUCGACAAGGCGCAGUACGGUCUCAAGCUCUUUCUGCAGUCGCUCGUCCUCCACGGCAUCCUCGAGCUACCCCAAGUCCUUCGGUUUGUGCUUGUGCCGGGCUUUCCGAAGAAGAAUGCCAAAACCACCGAGGCGCGGUCGCUCCCGAACCAGCUGCUCUCGAUGGCACUGGCCUUCCAUUUGCUCGGCGACGCGCCGCCGCAGUACACGCAAAUUGACGCCAAGACGAUGGCGCAGAUCGACGACCCGAUGCUCAAGUACCAUUGGCGCUUUCUGCGGAGCAUGGUGCCAUCGACUGUCUGGUUUCCAUUGCUAUUGCUGUUUUGCCAAAUGUCGUACCAGCUGACGACGGACGGGCAGACGCUCAAGCCGCGCGACGAACGCGGCAACCUCGCGAGCCUCAUCCUCUUCCACUGCACGAACGACAUGCUCGUGCGCGAGAGCCUCUUUGCCGACAAGGAGCUUCGCGAGCGCUACAUUGCCAACGCGGGCAAGGAGCCGGACAACGUCUGGAUGCUCAACGUGCUUCUCAAGCACCUCAGCCGGCCGCUCAACACGCCGGCCGAGCUCGCCAUGAACCGAAUCCAGCUGCUCAAAGCCGAGGCGAUUUUUGAGUCCAUGGACAAGUGGCUCGUGCACCGCGGCGGCUCGGCCUACCUCGAAGUCCAAAUGGUGCGGCAGCACGCCAAGGCUGUCAAGCGUGCGAAGAAACCGACCUUGCCUCGGCUCGUUGACACGCGCGUCGUUGACGUUCGCAGCGAUUAUGCGCCGCUGCUGGCGCUGCCUCCGCCGUCAUUGGACGAAUCGCACUUGGCGUCGUCGACGCUCUCGUCCAGCGACAAGAUUGGCAUUCUCGUGGCCCACAAACUCUUUGUGCGCUGCGCCCGCCCCGCCUUUUACGCGCCGGAGGUCCCUGGCCCGGCCUCGGCGACCGAGCUCGCGCUCGCCCAGCGCGAAACGAGUGACGUGGCCACCGCGCACUUGCUCGCGUCGUGCGUCACCUGCAUUCCAUCGGCGCAGAUCACGGCCAGCGUCCUCGGGGCCGUCGUCUCGCGCGUCUGCGAACAGCUCGAGUUUGACUGCCUCGCGCCGACCACGUCGGACGAGUUUUUGAGCGCGUUUUCGACCUCGGCGGUCGCCACCUUUCUUCGCCGCGUGCUCACGGCGCCGUUGACGCCGGCAACCAUGUACGCGCGCUUCUUGCGGUCCGUCCUCAAGCAGCUCGAGGGGCUCCGCGCUGCGUUCCAAGCCGACCCGGCCGACACGGCGGUGCGCGCGGCGCUCCGGCGCAAGCUCGCGCUGCGGCUCCAGCUCGUGAGCAUUGCCGCGUCCGUGACCAACUACACGCUGCCGUACCGCAACGGCAUCAUCAAGGUGCUCGUGACUCUCCUCGAGACGCCGCUCGUGUGUACGGACACGGGCCUCCCGCUCUUUUCGUGGAUCUUGGACCUCAUCCCGCUCAUCCCGUCGACCGUCUUUGCCGACAUGGAGACCUCGGACAUUGUGCGGGGCUUGCGCCUGCCGCCGGCGCUCCAGCGACGCGUGUUUGUGAUUUUUCCCAAGAGCGUCUACGGCGCGCGGCCGCUUCCGAUGGCCAACAAGCGCAAGAUGGACCCGUGGGCGCGCCUUGACGGCUUUCCCGACCUCCCGAGCGACGUCUUUGCGCCGCUGAGCGCGCCGGCCAAGGCCAAGCGGCGACGAAUCUGGCGCGCCCUGUAGUGCGACCCGUAUGUAUGCAAGUAGACAACCCGACGUCGUUCUUCUUGUUGUUGUAUUUGCUGCGUCUUAUGGCG